CACCAACUUCAACCCUUAACUGGUUGGUCCUGGGUCUGACUCGAAUCUCGACAUGCAAGUGCAGAGCAUGCAUACUCUCCGAUGUGGUUCUUCUGUCGUGAACUCAGAGAAUUCAAGGUAUCGGAUCCGGGAACCACGCACUGGAUCAAGCUCAUGACUUACGACUCGGGGCCGGCGUAGGCUGGUCAUGCCAAGCCCUGAUCGUGCACUUCCCACGUCUUGUCUCCGCGGCGGAUACUUCCACCACGUUGUGGGAACCAAAGUUUUUCGCAGUCAUCAUCCGGGACCUCAAGGAACCGAGACGGCCGAGCACUACGUUGGCACCAACACCUCUAGCCCCUCGCAAAAUCCACCAUGCUCUCCGAUCCACUCGAGCUCAAUCACAUCACACCCCCCUCAGGCGACUCCGAGAAAUUGGAGCCCACGAAAAUUCACGACAGGGAGGACGUCGAGUAUCCCCGCGGGAUGAAGCUCGCGUUGAUCGUCCUCGCGCUGUGCCUGUCCGUUUUUCUGGUCGCCUUGGAUAAUACCAUCAUCGCGACCGCAAUCCCAAAAAUUACCGACCAGUUCAACAGCUUGGCUGAUGUCGGGUGGUAUGGCUCUGCAUAUCUGCUCACGACGUCCGCGUUCCAAUUGCUGUUCGGGCGCUUCUACUCGAUCCUCUCUCUCAAAUGGGUAUACGUCGCUGCGAUCGUCAUCUUUGAGCUGGGGUCCCUCAUCUGCGGAGUGGCACAAAACUCGACGACGCUCAUCGUGGGACGCGCCAUCGCCGGUCUGGGCAGCUCUGGCAUCUUUUCCGGCGCGCUCAUUAUCAUCGCCAACUCUGCCCCGCUCGAGCGACGGCCGAUGUUCUCGGGGAUCAUUGGGUCGAUGUAUGGCAUGGCCAGCGUAGUCGGCCCGCUGCUGGGAGGCGUCUUCACCGACAAAGUGACGUGGAGGUGGUGUUUCUACAUCAAUCUCCCACUGGGAGCGGUGACGCUCUUGACUAUCGUCGUCUUCUUCAAGUCUCCGCCGCGCGUCAAGGCUCGCGGGAACCUGACUCUCGUCGAAAAGAUACGCCGAUUCGACCCUGUCGGAACGCUCGUCUUUGUCCCAGCCAUCAUCUGUCUGCUGCUCGCGCUGCAGUGGGGUGGGUCGAGAUAUGCCUGGUCGAACGGGCGGAUCAUCGCGCUCUUUGUGGUCGCCGCUCUUCUUCUCUCUGUCUUCGUCGCAGUCCAGAUCCGGGAGCAGGAGAACGCAACGGUGCCUCCGCGGAUCUUGCAGCAGCGCAGCAUUCUCGCCGGAGCAUGGUUCAUGUUCUUCACCGGCGCAUCGUACUUCCUCCUCGUGUACUACCUCCCGCUCUGGUUCCAGGCCAUCAAGGGCGUCUCCGCCGUGAAAUCCGGCAUCGAUAAUCUGCCGCUGAUCAUGUCCCUCGUCGUCGCUUCCCUCGUCGCCGGUGUCCUCGUCUCGGUCACCGGGUACUACACCCCGUUCGCAAUCGCGGCGUCUGUGCUCAUUGCCAUCGGAGCGGGCCUGAUCUCGACCUUCACCCCGACGACUGGCCACGCGCACUGGAUCGGGUACCAGGUCGUCUACGGACUGGGGAUGGGAUGCGGGACCCAGCAGCCGAUCUUGGCAGCGCAGGCGGUGCUCAAGAUUGAGGACGUCCCCACCGGGACCGCCGUGAUGGCUUUCCUCCAAGUACUCGGCGGCGCGCUGGGCGUCUCGAUCAGCCAAAACGUGUUCACGAACACGCUCAUCUCCCGCGUCGCCUCCCGCGCGCCGAACGUCAGCGUCUCGACCGUCAUCCACGCCGGCGCCACGAACCUGCGCACCGCGAUCCCCGCUGCCGACCUCCCGGGCGUGCUGCUGGCAUACAACGACGCGCUGAUGGCGGCCAUCUACGUCUCUGUUGCUACGGGCGCACUCUCCGUGUUUGGGGCCCUCGCGCUCGAGUGGAAGAGCGUGAAGAAGCGUCCGAGUGGGGAUGUUGAUGCCGGGGGCUAGGGCACAGGGCUGUCCCCUGAUUCUGUUCACUUUAGAGUAGACAUUCUGUUAAUCGUUGAAUCAACAGAGAAAUCACUGAUUUCUCUGCUCAAAAAAUAUCUUCUGGGGGUCUUCCCACCU